UGGCAAGUGAGAACCAGCCUUGACUGACUACCGUGGAAAAAAAGUUUCGUCAUACUGUGAAACGAGCUUUGCAUUACGCAACUUGUAACAUUACAAUUAAACUUCAACAUGAUUCUGGAAUUUCCUCAGCACUUCCAGUGAAAAUUAUUUAUCAUCCCUUACGAAACAUGAUGCAUUACGUUGCAGCAGCUAGUAUGUAUAAAAAUGAACCAGAAGGUGCAGGUUCAGUCAAUCGCUGGACACAAGAGUGAAAUCAACGCAACACAUGGAUCUUAGUAACAGAGCACUCGAAUUUUCCGCAACCAUAACACCACGCCUGGUCAGUGGACUGCCUACACAUUAUGACGCAGGAAACACAAGUGACCAAAGCUGUCUACAUCACCCAUCUCCGGGUUUGCUUGGGUCCCAGGCCCUAGAAACAUAUGAUACAAUAGAGGAACAGGAAGAGCGGAUCGACGGGUUCAGGAAAGUUAAAAUGUUCGAAAUGGCCCCGUCUGCUGACCCAGAAUUGGAGGAACGUCGGCAACGAGCAAUUUAUGCAAAAAAUAAUCGCAACACUAAAAAGAGGGAGUUGGAGAACCUGCAGCAUGAUUCGUCAGCACUCCGCACAGCCAAUACACAGUGCCAAGCGAAUCUGACUCGCAUGCAUGGAGUGAUAGAGGAUCAACAACGCAAGAUUGAACAGCUAGAAGAAUGGGUUUCAGACACUUGCCACCAGCUACGAGACAAAGAUGAGCAAAUUCGGAACAGCCAGAUCAAAUUGUCACAUCUGAAGGCACACCUAGAACUCAUUGCUGACGGCCUCGACGAUAAUAUGUCCCGCAGGCUACUGCUCAAUCUUCUUGCUCAAUCCUGAAGAUGCCCUAUUACAUCACAAUAAGAAAGUAUUAUACAUGCAAGCAAGCUUGAUCACACAGGCAACCGGCGCCGACCUGCAACAAUAUUACCAUAUAAACAAGUGUAAGCGUGCACAGAUAAGGAAAUGUAUAAGAGGGUGUCAGCUCCGGCAGCCUGCUUCAACCCUCUUUGCUGUUAGCUGGAAUCAUUCUUGCCUGCACAGCCAGCAUGGUUGGACACUACUGAAUAGAAAGCAAGAUGGGUGUUAACCUCCUGAUAGCUUAAGUACAAUACUGAGAUAACAAUUAAAUGGAGGAAGCACUACGCUAACAGGAACGUUGUGAAUAGGCUGUAGGCUAAAGUUAGCCAAGUUGAACUAUGAAUGUAAGCAAAUUACAAUAAUCAUUAUUAAUGUUGUUGU